UGGCCGACGAUGUCGUCUGCUAAAUAUACGAAGACCGUCCACGUUGCUAAGGAAUUUUGGUAAGUUCAUUUGAUUAAUUAAAGUAGGCCUACUGAGUGAUAUUUACAGCGAUAAACUUUGUUGUCCUAGUCAAAGAGUAUCCAGUGUAAAGACUGCACUGCAUCCAUCCAAACUUCUGUCAGUCGGUUGUCUGCACGCUUUCGGCUUAAAUUCACAUUCAGUACGUAUUCUGGUUGGGGUUAAAUUUGAAGUUAAAUGAGAAGAUUUUAACUUAUUUUAUUAUUAGCGAUAGUUAAAGCGAUUUAGGCUAAAGCCCCAGUUCUUUUCACCAAAAUCAAAACGAACUUACGAAGGGACAUACUUCACAGAACCACCACUUUUCUCUUACUAGUACUACAUGUAUAUAAAGUAGUCACAGCACAGGCAGAAUUUCGACCAUAUUAUUAUUAAUUAUUGAGUCAAGACUCAAAGUCAAACUUAGUUUGACUGAGUGAUAAAAAACCUGAUAUUUUCCCAGGUUACAUUAGGCUUCAGCCCUAUGCUGGCUAAUGUAAAAUAGGCCUCUAACUACUCCCAGCCAUCGUCACCAGGGCUUCAUUCUGAAAACAAGAAACUUGUAUUAAAUUUAAAAAAAAACAUGUCCAUAAAAUUGGGAGGGGGGGGGGGUUUACAAUAUUCACCUCAGAAUUAUGAUUAAAAUAUUUAAAAAUAAAUAGAGUCCACAAACACAAGGGCCAAGUAGUUUUACAUAAAAAUUGAAAUGUAAAACAAAACAAAAAUUCAAAACAUGAAAAAUGGAAUAAUAUAAAUCUGUUAAUGUUUAAACAAAAUUGUGUUUGCAGUGGUUGGGGCGUGUGCAACCGUCUGUCAGCAUUUGGAUUGUUGUCAUUCACAAACUUACAUUAAAUAGGCCUAGUCAUGUCCAAGACUAAAGUUCCUCCUGAGCGAGCCGCGAACUGGUCUCAUGAGGAGGUCAAAAUUCUGGCCGAGUUCAUUAAGAGCCAUACAGCCAAAUUGUUUGGCACACGCUGCAAGGCUACAGCUGAGGUAGAUAAAGUGAAGAAAGAUCAUUGGAAGAUGGGGGCAGAUGAGCUGAAUGAGUGUGGGGGCCAACUAAGGGACUGGACCAAAGUACGUAAAAAAUGGCAAGAUAUCUCAAGCCAGGCGAGGAGCUACCAUCGGGAGAUCAACAAAACAGGUAAUGAAAUUCAUUCAACUAACUUUUUGAUUCAAUAUUAGGUUUUGCCCUUCACUCUGAUGCUAACAAACAUUUUCAACAUUUUCAACAAUAACAAAACUCGAGUUUUUUCAACUCUGUUCAAGUAUAUUGCAUGAAUGCAUUUAACAAGAUUACAAGAUUAUUGGAAGUCUUCAAUUCGAAUAACAAUAACAAUGCUGUCUCGCUUAUUUUCAGGAGGGGGUCCUAAACCACCAGUAAACUCGACAUACGAGCUUGUCCUCGAUGCCCUGCUACCGAUGGCAUCGUGGAAAAAUACGAAGGCGAAACAAUGCCAGACUUGGAAUUUCUGCUAGGCAGUGUUGAAAAAGCUAUCACAUGCAGUGACACCAUCGACACUGAUGUAGAUAUGGAGGAGGUGGAGCCCGUACAGGUAGAGCCAGAGGAGGUUGAGAAGGAAAUAGAGAGAGAAAAGGGCGAGUGCAGCACUGCAAGUUCAAGACCACCAGUACAAAGGAAGAAGAUAGCAAGAGAUCAGAGCAUACUCCAAAUCGAGAGGGAAAGGUUGCAGAUCGACAAAGAAAAAUUGAAAAUAGCUCGGCAACAACUGGAAGCUUCACAAGCCAUGACGGAAGCCUUGAAGGAAAUUAGCCAUUCCUUUCAAAUACUAGUGGCAUUUACACUGGAGAAGCACGGUGCAGUAAUCGUAUCUGAGUCCUAAAAUUGUUGGUUUUUUUUCCAUCUAAUAAGGAUAAACUUGAGGUAACAACAUUCGGCAAAAUAUAUGUAAUUAGUGAUGGCUCUGAGAAGAGCAUGUUUGUACUCGAUGUAUAGUCAUGUAUAGUCUGGUUGCAAUAUCGGGUACAAAUGGGCUCAUGUCAGAGCUCCACUACUCCUACAAAUUUAUGCCGAAUGGUUCUACAAAAAAGUUUGUUCUCAUUAGCUAUUUCCACUGUGCCUAAUUUUAAGUUCAACAUUUUACUUAUUUGCAAGUUGUUUAAAAGUAUUAAAUCAUUAUGAAUUUCUCUUUGUUUCUUUCUUUAAACCUUUAAACAGACAUGUAAAUACAAUGUAGAACUAUUUUAAAGCAUAUCUUUUAAAGCAUUCCUGAAGAAAAUAUCACAUCGAUUGGCAUAGAGGAAAGUUCAUAAUUGUAUUUUGUUUAAAAAAAAUCAAGAUACAACACAACUGAUAAUUUUAUGUGUCGAAAAAAAAGUGAAAGUUUGCAUAUUUUUUAAAUUCCUCAAAUGACCUCUAGAUCACUUAUGACCUCCAUUUUCUAAAGAGGUGUCAUACACCCCUACCCAAGGAUCACUCCAUCCAAGUAACAUUAAAAUAUAUCAUAUUAUGUAGACAAAGAAACAGUAGGGUAUUUAAACAAUUACCUCUGAUGAUCCCUACAUGACCUUUGACCUCAACAAUCCAAAGAAUUGUGUCUUUCUACCCAACUUGGGUCACUGCAUCUAAGUUUCACCAAAAUCCACGAAAGCAUGUAAAGGUUAUCUACAGUCAAAUCUCGUUAGUACAAACUCUGUUAAUACAAAAUUCUGGUUAUAACAAACAUAAAGCCUUAGUCCCGACUGUACA